CUGGCCGGAACCGUUGUACCGCCAUCUUUGCGCUCCUUUUGUUUUCUCCUUCAUUUGUUUUGCUCUUUCCGCCGUUAAGUUGUUGCCUUAAUAUCUGUGAUUUAAGUCAUUUAAUUCGAUUUCGAUAUAAUGGAGCAGAAUGUGGCUGCCGAGCAGAACAUCUUCGUCGUCGAUCGCAAAUUGAAGAAAACUGGUCCGCAAGCAGAUGUCGAGCGCCUGGCCAAGACGCACUGGCUCAGCGACUAUGCCCAGGAUAUAUUUUUGACCAUGAGGGAGCAAGAACUCCGCCGGCGGCCUUUCUUUUACCUUUCGCCGCAGCUGAACGAGCGCCGAAGAAUGCUGCAGUUGCUUAAACUGGCGACCAGCACCCACAAGCUUAGUCGCUGUGCUCUGCACCUGGCCGUCUACUAUAUGGAUCGCUUUGUGGAUUACUACAAAAUCCGACCGGACAAGCUGCUCCUGGUGGCCAUCACUUGUCUUCAUAUAGCUGCGCAGAUCGAAAACACGGAAGCGUUUAUUCCGCGCUACUGCGAAAUGAACCAAUUGGUCAAGAACGCCUAUACGGCAUUCGAGUACAAGGCUGUGGAAAGGAAGAUCCUGUGCUUCCUGAACUUCGAGCUAAUACGUCCCACCACCGCCAGUUUUGUGGAGCUCUUCGCCUGCAGUUUUCUCACUCGCUCCGAUUUCAAGAACUACACCGAAAUGUUGGAUGAGUGCGAGCGGAACAAUCACACCCAGCCAUACCAGCGAUAUAUAAGCUUCGAAGAGAUGCUGUCCAUGUUGGCGCAGUUGCUCCUUCGCAUGGCGGAUUACACAUUGUACAUUUCCAGAUUUGCCAACGAUCUGCCAUCCCUUUUGGCUGCCGCCUGCAUUGCUGCAGUUCGCCAGGUCAGCGGAGUCAGGCGCUGGUCGCAGUACCUCGUUGGACUGACCUCCUACACUGAGGCUCAUGUCGAGCCCUACAUGCACGUCCUGACCGACUAUCAUUAUUACCAUACUAUUCAGCCCGACUACAGAGGUAGUCCCUCUGUUCAGACCAACCAGAGCUUAGCCAGUCCCGAUUCCGGAUUCGAGGAGUCCUUCACUGAGAACACAAACCUGGUGGUCUCCGAUAAAGUGGUCACACUAGAGACCUGCAACAUAAUUACCGUGCAGCUGCAGGGUCCCCCUCCACCACAUUCAUCGACUUUGCUUCCCAAAGAGCACAUCAAUUUGAAGCGCCCUCGCUUUGAAGACGAUUCCGAAAACCUUCACCCAUUGAAACACGCCAAAGUCGUGAGUGAUUAGUACAGAGGAAAAAAGAAGAAACUAUUACCAUUUGGAGGAAAUCCAAAUACUUAAAAGUGAAAUGACAUCGAUAACGUAGAUAUGGUCUUGUUCAAUUGAGUUGAAUCUCACCCAUAUUAAAUACGUGAUGUUAUGCUUUAAUAUAUAUGUAUUUCAUAUUUAUUUGAAAUUAUCUUAUAAACCUAUAAAUACAAUAUGUCAAAAACUCAACAAAAAUGAUGCAUUAACUAAAAACAACAAAGACAUUAUUUAUAAUUCGCUAAAGAACAA